UUUACGCCUUUGCUCGCUCUCUCGCUCUCCCCUUCUCUCUCUCGGAUCUGCUUCUGCCCUUUCCCCCCAGGGCCUGCUGCGGGGCACCUCCAAGCCACCAUCCUCCAUCCCACCCCCCAUCCUUGCCAGGAGGAAGGCGGGCGAAGCAGCCGGGGAAAGAUCUACCAUGGAGCCUGCCACUCGGGGAUGGAUGCCCUUGUGCCCACUGCGCCACGAGGCUUUAAAGGAGAUCGCCGCCGCCGCCUCCUAGGAAAGCCAGCAAACGGGGCAAGUGAAGAAGGAGGGGGGUCUUCCUUCCUCCCUCUCCUCCCCCCCCGGGAUAUUUGCGGAGAGGGGGAGGGUUUGGAUGCCCCUCUUCGCCCUUGCAGCGCCUGCCAUCUCCCUCCGUUGAUGACACCUGGGUGCCUCCAUCAGCUCCUCCUCGUUUUGCCAGGCACAGACUGUUGACUGUGUUGCGAUGGAGACCCUGUCCCUGGAGCACCAGAUCCAAAGCGUGCAAAGACACAUUGCCUUCCUGAAGAAGGAGCAGAUGGAACUCCUCCGUGAUUUGCACUUGGAGAUCCUGCGCUUACAGAAGCACUGCACAGAAUUGACCCAUGAUCUUGAAACAAAGCAACUGGAAGCUAACCAACAAGAAAUUAUUGACCAGGAAUUAGAAGAGAAGUGCAAGAUCGUGGAGGCCCGGCUGCAGGAGAAAGAGAUGGACAACCUGGAGUUGCGCAAGGAACUGAGACAUAAAGAGAGCCUCGUUGCUGCCCUCCGGUCCAACCUGAGGAAUAAAGAGAGGAAGUUCCUGGAGGAGCUGAAGAGGAGAAGCCACCGGGUGACCAUCCUCAACACGGAGCUGCAGAAACAGACAGAAGCAGCCGCUUACCUUUCUUUCCAGCUGCACGCCACCAAACAGAAGCUGCACAGUUCUCGGCAAAGUGGCAAGCCUCUCCCCGAGAAGCCUCCCGAGAAAGCUUGCCUCCCUCCACCCUGUAGUGAGGCCCGGCCCAAGAAACGGACUCAGAGGUCCCACCCCCGCAGGCAGGCUGCUAGCAACUUCCACGGCAAGGGGGCCUUCAAGGACCCGUCGUCUCGCGACCGGCUGAGCAGCUUUGAGGAAGACGAGCCAAUGCCCGACCCGGCCCUUUUUUUGUACACAAAACGGCACCAUGCCCCACCUCAUCGCCAGAGGUCAGAGCAUAAAGCAUCAGCUAUGUCUGUCAGAGUGGGCACUGACCAGAGGGACCCCAAAGGUGGUCAGCAGAGGCCGUCCACCCGGCAGCCCUACCUGGAACCAACAGAAGCUGUGAAUGGUGCCAGGACUGUGGGCAAACCUCGACCGUCUUCCAAAGGGGAACAGCACAAGCGAAAUGGCCGUAGCCCCCAAACUUCCAAAGACAUUGACUAAAAGAGGAGAAGAGAGAGAGAGGAAAGGGAAAACAUACAGCCAUUUUGAAAUAGCUUUUCUUAAGAGGUCGUACUAGAAGAGGGGCCGCUCUUUUCAAGCACAUUCCUAAAUUGGAGGCCAUUUUUGAAGAAGUGGUGUAAGGCCUCAGGGCCUCCUAGACAGAACCAUUUUGUCUGUCAUGUUGUUACAGCACCAAAAUACCUGUGUGCUCCUUGGGGAAUGGUGUCAGCAACAGUAGAACUGCCAAAACUGCAGACACUGGCGUGGUUUUGAACGUUGUGAUUGCAGCUGAAGUGAAUGUAGUAAGCCAUUUGCCACCGCAACAGCCAACAGCACUGCACAAUGUCUUGGCAAAGAGGACUGAGGAACUGAACCGCACAUUUCUGUGCCUUGAAAUUACAGCUUUGUUGUUGUUUUUUAGUUUUUCUGUUUCAAAUUCUGAAAACUUUGAAAACUUGCCGUUUGAAAUCUUGAUUUCGGAGGCAAGACUGAAGCUUUGGCACUGUCAUCCAGGUUUUGACCAUUCCGAAUGUGUGUGAUUCAUCCCAUCUCAAAUGGGUGUGGUUGCCCCCCGUUUCAGCACUAAUUGUGAUACCUGCGGCUCGAAGAGAAGAUGGCUGAGGAAGUUAGAUGUGAGCGUUUGGGGAGGUUAUACAUGUUGGGGAGUGUCUGGGUUUUUUUUUAAUGAUCUAGAACAGGGUAUUCUAAAGAAGUACUCCAAUACUCCUCCCUCGGGGGGUACAAGACAGUGAGGGGUUGGAUAACGGAGCAAAGUGCAACUGUAUAAAAUAUAUACUGCAGUAGCAACCACUUAAGUAUAGGAGAGUGGUAUAACAUCAGAGCUGAAAUCUGGGGAAGCAGAAUAGAAGUAGUCAUGGUGGACACCCAUGCUCAAACUAAAGGAAAGCCAGAAGGGCUCCAGGCCAUUGAUCCUUUGUAAGUGCCUCCUUACUACGAGGAUACAAGGGAGGCAUUUGUUUAAAAUUGUGAGGGGGCUGUGCACGAGGGGGUGGUGGACUCAUUAACUGCCCUCUAUUCCCCCCCUCCAAAAUUCAAUUAUCAGUGGGCACUAUGCAUUACAGGGUGUGAUAGAAGGCCCCCAUCCUUAAAUGUAUAUUUGGACAGGCUUACCUAAGUCUUAAGUCUCUAAUUCAAGGAUGGGGAACCUGCAGCCCUCCAGAUGUUGCUGGACUACAAUUUCCACUAUCCCUGACCAUCAGCCAUGCUGGCCGUGGAUGACAGGAGUUGAACAUCUGUAAGGCUGCAGGUUCCCGGUCCCUGCAAUAAUAUGUGGGUGGUACUUAGUAAAAAGAAAUCUGGGGUCUUCCUCUUUGUUUCUCUCGCUUUUACGCUUUCCAGACUGGGGAAACAUUUCCAGCUCCUAGGCACCACCAGUAUUAAAUGUUUAUAUAGCGGGGCAAAAUUUGAAAAUGACAUUUAAAUUUCAAACCCAAUUUAAUGUCUGGAUUUUUCCUCCCCCAAGUGCAAAUAUUUGUCUGAGGCAGAAGCUGAAUCAUAUACACACGUGUAUGUGUGUAUUCUAGUUCCUUGGUUCAAACAUCACAACGUUAGGAGCCCACAUCUACACGUCUGCCCCAUUGCCCCAAAGAGAGAAGUGCUUGUUAACUACUACAUUUAGGAGACCAUGAUUUAAAUCAAACUGAGGGAGAGUUAGGAAGUUUUAUCUGAUGUAAGUGAUAUAUUGAAAUUAAUGGACAUUACUAUUUUAGGACCAUUAAUUGUAAGGGGUCUACCCUGAGUAGAACUUAGUUGGCUACAAGCCAAGGUGUGCGGCUUGUGUGUGGGAUUCUAUUCAGAGUAGACCCGUUGAAGUUAAUAGACAUGACUAACUUAGGUUUAUUUAUUUCAAUGGGUCCACCCUGAGUGGGGCUUAGUUGACAACAACCUUGUGUCUUUAUUAAAGGCCUUCCUACCUUUUCCCCAUAAUUUGAGCCUAAAUGAUUCAACUUUUAAAGCAUGAUUGGAGACCCAAAUCAUGGUGAUCUCCAGUUUGGGGCACUGAAAUCUUAUCAAUGAUAACUGGCAUAUAUGUGCACCCCUGUGCAAAUGUCAGAA